AUGCUGCUGAUCUUCGCUCUGUUUACAAGCUAUAUACUGCAGCAGAGGAAGAUCCAGGCGGUGCAUGAGACGGUGCUUUCCAUCUUCGCAGGAAUGUUCGUGGGCUUGCUGAUCCGAUUAAGCGGGGAGUCGCCUAUUCAAGACAAUGUCACCUUCGACUACCAGUUCUUUUUUAACCUGCUCCUGCCUCCUAUUAUCCUAGCGUCGGGAUACGAACUACAUCAGGCAAAUUUCUUCCGGAAUAUAGGUACCAUUCUGACGUUCGCUUUUGCGGGAACUUUUAUUUCUGCAAUUGUUCUGGGCCUUAUUUUAUACCUGUGGACGCGGAUCCCUCUCGAUGGCCUGGACAUCUCCUUUGUUGAGGCUAUCUCUGUGGGCGCCACUCUAUCUGCAACGGAUCCGGUCACCGUUCUCGCCAUUUUCAACCUGUACAAGGUCGAGCCGAAGCUUUAUACCGUCAUCUUCGGGGAGUCGAUCCUGAAUGAUGCCAUUGCGAUCGUCCUGUUCGAGACUGCGCAAAAGUACGCUGAGAAUGAUGCCGGGUCACUCUCUGUGCUCAACUUCUUCGAGGCCAUCGGCCUGUUCCUGCUGGUUUUCCUUGGUAGUAUGCUCGUCGGAAUCUUUGUCGGCAUUGCGACGGCCUUGGGUCUCAAGUACACGCAUGUCCGCCGCAUGCCAAAGAUCGAGAGUUGCUUGAUUGUUCUGAUUGCCUAUUCAAGCUAUUUCUUCUCUAACGGCGUCUAUCUUUCUGGCAUCGUGUCACUCCUAUUCUGUGGAAUUACCCUCAAACACUACGCAUACUACAACAUGUCGCGGAGGACGCAGCUCACUACCAAGUAUCUCUUCCAGGUGCUGGCGCAACUGAGCGAAAACUUCAUCUUCAUCUAUCUGGGACUGGAUCUGUUCGUCGAGAGUGAGCUGCAAUUCAAGCCUCUCUUCAUCAUGAUUGCUGUUUUUGGCAUCUGUGUGGCACGAUACCUGUCCGUUUUCCCCUUGUCUAAGGCCGUGAAUUGGUUCAUCCGAUAUCGGGCUAGACGUCGUGGCAAGGAUGUUGCGGAUGAAUUACCAUUCUCCUAUCAGGCUAUGUUGUUCUGGGCGGGACUGCGUGGUGCUGUCGGGGUUGCUCUGGCUGCGGGAAUGUCGGGCGUGAACGCACCUGCAUUGAGAGCCACAGUGCUGGUAGUGGUGGUGCUGACAGUCAUCAUAUUUGGAGGCACCACGGCCCGGAUGCUGGACAUCCUUGGAAUCCGCACGGGAAUCGUCGAGGAGGCCGACUCGGAUGACGAGUUCGAUAUCGAGGUCACCCAUGGUGGAACCUACUACAAACGAGCCAACAGCACUGGAAUCGGAUACACGCCCCGUCGCAGCGAUUUCACCAUUCCGCUGGAUAACGUUGCCGACAACGCACAACGAUCAGGCCUCGGGAGAACAGACAGCUACUCCAGCGGUAAUAACCGCCGGCCGAACCCACCACAAUCAGUGAGUCCAGGGAUUCCGCCGCGGAAGGCGGCAGCAUACAAUCAUAGAGACCGCCAAGCUCGUCGUGACAAGUCCUCGACACAAACGCUGUUGGGAGGCGGGGCUGGAAGCCGAAGUGACAGCGACCUGGGCAGUGAUGAUGAUAUUGCCAACGUCCAGCGUCAUGGCCGGAGCGAAGCAGGGAAGGAGGCUACCAUGGGUGGCGAUGAUGAGAUCGAUGACUUUGACCUGGAUGUCGAUCCAGUAUCGGAUGACGACCUGCCUCCAGCAGCACCUUCCGCGACGUCCCGCCUUCGACGUUCUCCGUCUCAGCAACAGCACCUUUCUCCAGCGCAGGUGCCGGGGUCAGCCAGUGUCUCUCCCGCCAGGCGAGCUGCCGAGUCGACACCACAACGGGAGCCUCUUAGUGCGCGGAAUGCUCUCCGGGAGUUGUUCUCUGGGGGCCCAACAGGCGACCAUGCUGCUUGGUUCCGGCAGUUGGAUGAGGACUUCAUCAAGCCUAAGCUUUUACUAGACCAGUCGAAUCACAAAGGUCCAGGAGCGGUUUGA